CGCAUUUUAUUCCUCGAAUGAGUAAUACGUUUUGAAGUCACGAAAACAUAUUUUUGAAAUACCGUACACUUUUAUUACAACAACGAUUGAGAAAUAAAAAAAAAGAAUUGUUAGUUGUGUCAUCUAGUAGUUUGGUCUAAAUUAUGGCGAAAAUUGUUGUAGUCUUUGUGAUUUUGUUUGUUAUAUUCGACGUUGCUUUUGCAAGGAUUGUGAAUAAAAGAAAAUGUCCGGAAGUCCGCGCUGUUCCACAUUUCGAUUUAUCACAGAUGCUGGGGGAUUGGUAUGUUGUGGAAUACUAUGCUAGUGCUGAAGAGGCACUUUCAUAUAGCUGCAUGAGAGCAGUGUUCACCGAAGAUGAUCAUGUUCAAACUGCUGAUGGAUCAGUGGAAUGGACGCCGGGUGUGACUAUGAACUUCACAUAUCGUUUCGCGGACGAUCCUCUCGGAGAGAACUUGCUCGGCAACAUAACAUGGCGAGUUGACUUGAACGAGCCUGCGCACUGGACUCAUUCCGAACUCACUUAUGAUGGUAUUUACAACACAUACGUCCUGGACACGGAGUACAAGACUUGGGCACUGUUACUACAUUGCGCGGAACAGAGAGAGGGCGCUCGAUACUUGAGUGCUUUCGUAUUGUCAAGAAAGACAACUCUGCCUAAAAAUGUCAUGGCAUAUUUAAGGGACAAGCUUCCAAGAUACGACGUGGAUAUAAAAUAUGUUUUCCCUAUACCGCACAAUGAGUGCACAUCGACGCCUGCUAUAUACAACUAUUCACCAAUAUUAGUAGAAGCUGGAAGCAAAACAAUGAAACGACCCGGAAUUUCCUACAAUACUAAUUAAAUGUUACUAAUCAUCAUCAGCUCAUUAUACGUCCCCAACGAGGAGCUCGGAGCCUACCCUAAGUUA